CUUCCUUCUUCCUAGCACUGAACUGGCACUAAAACGUGAAGGCUUGAAUCUGACGGCACCCGCUUGCAUCGGGCAAUUUCUCGCCGCGCCUUAUGGACACGAUGGCUCCCUCUCGAGAUGAUAUUUCGCAGUCGAGGGCCUCGUGUUUGGUGGCGCCACGCCCGCGUAAAGGCAGCGCAUGUAGCGCUGGCAGCGCCAGUGGCCGCCAAGUAGAAGCGAGCCAGCCGGAGCAGGCCAGCCAGCGCUCGCGGCUCACUUCGAGCUUGCAAGCGAUGGCGACUGGCGGCGAGCAGCUCGGGGAACUGGAGCUUAUCUUGCAGGGCCAGCCGCCGGACGUGCCCAACACAUUCCUGGGGGUAUCACCGCCCGUUCGCAGCGGGUGCUACGGCGGCGCGGCCAACCCGAUGCAGCACGACUCUUCCUGGACCAGCUGCUCGCUGUCGGCCUCCAGCUCAAAUCUGCAGGCCCUGCGCGAGCUGGACUCGCAGCACUCGUUCCUGCGCUCGCUCAACGGCGACUACCGGCUGCUGCUGGCGCCGGACGCACGCGGGUUCGCAAGCAGCAGCGAGGAGGUCGGCCCGCGCCCGGCUGCGCCCGCGCCGCCCCAGGAGCGGACACACCUGCUGCCCUUCACGUGUCGGGCUCAGUACUUUGCUGUGCGGUAAUGCCGCACGGCGGACAACCUAGGCGCCACUCCAGCGCGGCUGGAGUGGCAGCAGCGGCUUGGGGCGCCGUCUGGGCUGGCGUGCCGUGGCAUCGAGCCAGGCAGCAGCCAGCCCAAAUAAAGGCUCCAGCGGGAUGAUGCGCACUGCUGCAGUGAGCAGACAUCCCACAAUGUACAUCAGCAUCUUGGCGAGUGCGCGCCGUGUACAAGCGGCCACAGCUGCUAACUGCGCAGCGCGCCUGCAGCGUGGCGGUGGGGCGCGGGCCCGCGCGCUGUCGUGAUGCAUGCGACUGCUGCAAUGACUUUUCUCGAAGAGCCGUCGGCGCGCGAAUCAAUAGCUAGUGGUGGAGGGCGGAGGUGGGCGAGCGGAGAGCUGCUGCUUCAGCGGCGGCGGGGCGAGGCUACGCAUGUGGCACGCCUUCGGAUGCGCCGGCUGGCCUUGCUCGGCCAGCUGGGCGAGGCAGGAAGGCGUUUGCCUGGCACUGCGCAGCUGCCGCCGCGGCAGUGGGUCUCUAGCUGCCUACCUACACAGCCGUCACCCGCCCAGCUAAUCGGGGUUCAGCGCAUGGCGGCUCGGCCUUGGCUAUUGGACGGCGGCGGUGCGGCCCAAACGGGUAGCAGUUGAGGUUGACGGUUCUGCAGGGCGUGCCGCGUAUCUGUGAACAUAGGCGCAAUAUCAUGACCGGCACACCUCUUGGGUGUACAGACACCAGCUUGUAUGGCCCUCAGAGCAGGUGCCAUAGGAAAUCUGCAUGGAUAGUACCAUGGGUCCAGCUGCCUCAUACAAGGAGUGAUGAUCUCUGCAGCAUCGCAAACAGAUUUCGGUCCGGUUUGGGUGUGUGUAUGCUUAUGCAACGGCGCGUGUAUUGUGGGGUGCAUUAACUACAACGGAAAGGCGUAUCUGCUCUGUCCGCACCCAACAGUGCUCUAGGGACGGGCGUUAUGCCAUUUUCUAUUGCUGGACACCACAUCUGCGUCGUCUAAAAUGUUGAUCGCAGCGGCAUGCAAAAAGAGUUGAGAGGCAGUCCGUGCCGUGGCACGUCCCCGGAAAUGUUUUCGGACGUCUUGUUUUUGUUACGGUAUGCGCUUGCAGUAGUGUGGGAUGGGUGUGGCCCCUUGUGUCGUCCGAUCGCUACACUCCGUCGUCGUGAGUUGGGACGGGGUUGGGAGCGGGACUGGGGCAGCCACGCAACAACUUGCUCGUGGAGGAUGUACCGCCUGUGUAUCGGGGGAUGGCUCGCCAUGUGGCUGCCUGAGUGGCAUGGGGCGUGGGUGCGCGGCGUGAGCCUCCUGUACGCUGUGGCCCAGUAAUGCUGCAUCGGCACGUGUAUCAGUAGGUCGGCUGAGAGGCCGUGGGCUUGCAUGGAAGCGCUCGCGUGCCGCCUUGCUGUGUAUGCGGCAUGCGACCAUGUGUGUGCCCCUAGCAGUUCAGAGCGCGGGAGCUUGGGCGAGUUUGGGCCGGGCGUGCGUGGCGCAGGCCUUGCAUAACGGGGGUCCGUGUGUUUGUUUAGUAUGAAUGUGGCUCGUGCUGUCUCUGGCGUGGACUGGAUGUAUUUGGUUGGACUGAAGAUGCCGUCUUGAUCAAGCGAUAAUGUGGCGCGAAUGAAAGUGCGCACAUGACACAUACGUGACGAGCGCCCGAACCGCCGGAGCUCUAGCGCAACAUACAGGAAUGCGACAGCGUACACGAGAGUGGUUGAAGAUGUUAGCGCGUGCGGGUGUGCUGGUUCGCGUGGACAUGUGUCGGUGUUUCUGCAACGCGUGUGUGCGUGGAACGGGAGCGAGCACGAGGGGCGUAUCCGCAGGCUGUCCCUCCGGCAUGGAUGUUGGUGCGAGAGACGCUAGGUGAGAGCAUGUCCUCGCCCUACGGGAGUUGACACACAAUCUUUAUCCAACACUGCAGAAGGCUAAGAGCUGGUGUGGAGCGCAUUGCCACAUCUGAAGGACUGUUGAGGGGCGAGGCAUGGCAAACCGAACAGGCCACCCGUCGCCUGUAAACAAUACACGGG